AAGCGAUGGUUCAUCACUUUCAACGGCGCCGAGUGUAGCGGUCCUCUGCCUAUUGACGCCGCUCUGUGGAUCAGAAGUAGCAAUAUAGAUGACCAUAGACACGGAGCAAUAGAGGGCUACUGUGACAACAUCAGAAAAGGGAAUAUCCGCGUUGGCAUCAACAUUGGAAACUGUCCCGGUUAUGGAAACUCAGAAGGUCGCACGGGAUGGAUGUCAGUAUCUCGUUUGAUUAUCGAAGAAGUUCCUCGGUCCCAGCAGUAACGAAUCCAUCGCAUCUCACCAACAUUCUAAAAUAGCUAAGUGCUUGUAAAGUCAUGUUGGGCGUCGAAAAUAGAUAAAAAAAAAUUCUAGGCAUAAAUUUAAUCAACGUGCAACUGAGAGCCUCUGUUUAACUGUUUCAUUAAAAUUGCCGUUCCAAGUUUCUUUUUAAACUGCUUUUGGAAUUGGUGAAACCAAUGCUUUGACAAAUGCUGGAAACCAUUUGUUCCUUUUUUUUUCGCGUGGAAGCAUUGAGCAUGCGUACUAUCUUCCAAUUAUUCAUUGUGAUGUCACUCGCAUUUUAUGUUAGUCGGUCAAUUAUGUUAUCAUAUGAUUUAUCCUCGUUGGCGCCUUCUCGAAAAGACUUUUUUAAAGUCAAAACAAUUAAAUGUCCUCAUCACAAGUAGCUUGGAACAGUCUUCAAACCUGCAGGACUAAUGACGACGAAAUAUAUGGCUGACAAAAAAGAUUUCUUUUCAACGCUAAACAAAAACCUAGCCUAGAACUAUGAUUAGUACGACUAUCUAAUAUACUUAUUUUAAGAUUUACUGUAGCUCUGCCAUUGAUUUUCCCAUGUUUAAUUAUGAUAAUAUUUUGUUCUAAUUAUCUAACUGAGGGAGCCCAUUCCUUAUAAGCCCGGUGGCUUCUCUUGGGCUUCCUCGCCAUGAGAGUUUAAGUAAUUAGAUUUUAUUUGAUUUGUACAAUUUUUUUAUUUAUUUCACAGAAUCCCAGUUUGUGCGCGCAAGGAGCAACUGGACUUCCCGGACGAAAUGGUGUGAAUGGACAUAAUGGGUUACCAGGCCGUGACGGUCGAGAUGGUGUAAAGGGUGAGAAAGGCUUGUCAGGUCCAACUGGACCACGUGGUUUUAAAGGAGAAGCGGGUGAGAAAGGUGUGGCAGGGCCACCUGGGCCACGUGGUUUUAAAGGAGAAGCGGGUGAGAAGGGUGUGGCAGGACCACCAGGACCACGUGGUAUUAAAGGAGAAGAGGGACCAGUUGGAAAGGUCGCUGCUGAACAAAGAAACUGGAAACAGUGCGCGUGGAAAAAGGAUACGGCCGUGAUAUUGGCCUUAUUAAGGUGACUGCAUGGGAGAAAAAUUGCAAAUUUCUUUCUUAGAGUCGGAGUUACUUAGCAAUAAAAACUGAGGCGAGGGAGUCACAUUUGAUAGAUAGGGCCAGGACUCUUGAACCUAAAGGCCAUUAAGAAGCGAUUUUCAAAUGUUCCAGUCCUUAGGUUCCUUUUGUCGGUUAUUCUUGUCUUUGUGUUUGACUGUUUUUCAAUUAACCUUAACGCGAAGAUAAAGGGAAAUUCAAAUUGUACCCUUCAUAACUUCGAACGCAGCCUCUUACAUCUAAUAUUAUGGGAAUUUAACUCGGUUGUUCAUUCGGUCAAUAGUUGUGGUCAUCAGAUACCUAAAACGAGCUUAUCUGAUAGAAAAUCCCUUUUAUAAACCAUGAACUUUGCUAUACGGAGCACACAGCUGACUGUCAGUUGUCCUAGGUAGUCUAGGUAGCGUGAACAAAGUGUUUAGUGGGGAAAUAGUUGCUCCUUUUGGUGAGACUAGUCAACCCCACCUCAAAAACCCUAGGAUCAGGGAUUGUUUGCAGGGAGUGCGGAAGGAAGAAAGGAAGAAAGACCGCCUGAUCGCAGGUUACACCUCAGGACCACCGCGGUCAAACGUCUAAAUCGUUAUUUUUGUUUUUAUUGCUGGGAUUUCAUUUACCAGUUAGAGAAAAAUGGGCAAAGAUGUAUAAAUCAGUUAGUCAACAUAACUAUCUUUCCAUUUUUCUCAAAAUUUUGAGCUUUUUUCGCUGAAAACGCUUCGCGCUAAAAGAGAAUCAUGUUUGAAAAUGGCACCGAUAAUAACGUCAGCAUCGGUUUUCAAUCACUUAGGACUUUUUUAGUAAACUUUUAAAAAGUUUAGUAAACUAACAGGAUGUUGGUAAUACCCUAAACUUUCGAUAGUGAAAGUAGCAACCUUAACUUUGAAGUAUUUCGCUUAACUGAUGCAAAUUUCACUCGUUUGACCGCUGUGAACACCUCAGGUUACCUCGUCUUGCUUCUCCACCCGCCCCCUCCCUCAAGCUACCCUACCCCUUCCCCCACUAGGCAAAAUUGCGAUUGUCAUAUAAACUGCAGUCGGCUGAAUUUUUCAACGAUGAAGUGAAUUCAGUUGGAUAGCCGAGAGUCAAUCUGAGGUAGGGGUGUCUCGGGUUUCCGAGAUCAUAUAAAUGUGGCCUUAAAACACCGCAUGUGUUGAUAAGGAAAGGAAAGAAUCGUGGAGCAGACGACUCAAUAGGAUUCUUCCGUCAAUUACUUUCGGGGCAAUUUUUCUGGCCUGUUAUAUGUGUGCCAAAAUAAAUAUACGCGUUGCUCUUUUCGUUAUAUCGGUAUGCAGUAAUGAUAAACUACCAGGACCUGAAGUCAUUUGGCUAGCCGAGAGUUCGGUAGGGCUGUCUCGGGUACCCGACCGAUAUAAAUGUGCCAUUAGAAAAUUUAGAAAUGAUGUGGUGUAUGAGCUAAGGAAAAAAUGUAGGACAGAGGACUUAAGGCAAUCCGCAAACAUUUACUUUAAGUGACAUUUUAUUGGGCGGUCAUAUGUGUGCCAAAAUAAAAAUACGCAUCGCUCUUUGCGUUAUAUCGGUGGCUCUAAGACCUUAAUUAACUCUCUUAACAUAGUCACAAAAUUGCAACCUUAACCGAAAAGACGUUACGAUUUGAAUAAUAACGAUAACGUGAAUCAUAUUUCACAAUGUUCUGUGUGGCAGUGGUCGCUAACAAUACAUAAUGCUGUGUUUUCAGGAUUGCCAGUUUACUAAAAUUAAAGACAAUACAACUCUUCAUGUUGUAUUCCAAGGAAAUAUCUAUCUGGGACAAUGCAGUACCUGCUGUAAGCGAUGGUUCAUCACUUUCAACGGCGCCGAGUGUAGCGGUCCUCUGCCUAUUGACGCCGCUCUGUGGAUCAGAAGUAGCAAUAUAGAUGACCAUAGACACGGAGCAAUAGAGGGCUACUGUGACAACAUCAGAAAAGGGAAUAUCCGCGUUGGCAUCAACAUUGGAAACUGUCCCGGUUAUGGAAACUCAGAAGGUCGCACGGGAUGGAUGUCAGUAUCUCGUUUGAUUAUCGAAGAAGUUCCUCGGUCCCAGCAGUAA